GUAGCGUGCACGCACGUGUGUGCACAGUGACAGGACUGCGAUGCAUUCGGGCAAAAAGAACGAGCACGCCGGGCCGAUGUACUAUGCGUACGUCAGAUUUAUCGACGACGGUAAACGGCACAUUCUGCCCAUCAGCGACAUAAAAAACUUCACGCCGUCACACCUGAAGGAUUUCAGGCCAAAAAAGGUGUACGACGUGAAAUGGCAGGACGACGUGCAGGACGACUUCUUCGGCGCCCAAGUUGUUAAGCUGUUCGAGACGUAUGAAGCAGCACACGAGGAAACCUCAAGAAAGAGGUUACCGGUUCCUCCUGUGGAAGUAUCGUCAUCUAGUGGCAAUGACAGCAAUGAAGACACCCCGGACCCCCCAAGGCGGGAGAAUGCUACAAGCAGACUGAAGGCUAAACAGCGCGCACAGCUGCUGGAUUCACACUCUAGCACCGAUGAUGACAUGAUGUCAACAUCAGAAGCAGCAAGGCUCAGGAAAGAAAAUCUUGAUUUAAAGAAAGAAAACAAGCAGCUAAGACAUCUAAACAUGCGUCUUCAGAAGAUUGUGACUGAGAAGCUGUUUCUAUGCAAUUCAUCAGACCAUAGACAGAAGCAGAUGAAAGAAGGCACCUUGCUGCAACCAUUUGCAAGCCCACUUAAAAAGCCAGAGCAACAGAGUGCACCACCCCCUGAGCGAACACAAAAUGAAGUUUGUGCAACAGCCAGAUGCAAGGAUGCAGCAGUCAAAGAUGGCAAGUGUAUUAACUGUGACAUUACCAAACUCAUGAAAACUAGCAGUCAGUGUUUUAACUGUUCUCUAAAUUUUUGCAUUCUUCUCUUGCCAGAUGCACAAAACAUGGCCUCUGUAGCCGACCAAGACAGCAAUGGUGCUGGGACCCUCAGUCUGGGAGCCGCAGUAGCUGGCACUCCCACACGUGUGCUGUUCGAGGAAAUCGAUGGCCAGGUUUUCAUCAGCAAAGAUAUUUGGCUGACGGUCACCGAUUUUAAUUUUCUAAUGGCUGCCCGAAACGAUUCGAUAUUUGUGCGGGAUGCUGCAACAAAAAUAUUCUCGACUGCUGGGCUCAUGGGACGCAGCGUGACAGGCAGACCAUCAAACCGCACUAAGGGGGACCCAAAGCCUCCGCUGGACAGUGGCAAACUCAGUGCACUGAAAGAUUUCUUUCAUCACUUCGUAAGCGCCUCUCCCAAGGGUCAGUCGGCUGAACAAAUAAAGGAGAGAAGUAAGAAGUUUGGCCGCCACCUUGCAGGGAAGCUGGCUGAUGUUCAGUCGGUGGCAAACUAA